UUUCAGGAAGCAGUGUGAUCAGAAGAAGAAGAAGAAUUAACAUUGUUGACGUCUUGCGUAAACACACUUGGUCAAGUGUAGCUUAAUGUAGUAAAUGUUGAAGGUAAAGUGAAGUUAAGUCCGGUUCACUAGACGUUACUAGACACACACUAAGCGGUGGUUGUAGAGGACUAAAGGGUGAGGUAUGAACCAGUGAGAAUGAGACCGCUGCUGGUUCCUCUAGGAGCACAAUGUUUGGUCGAGGUUCGUUGUGUAAACAUUAGUUAGAUUAUCCUUCAAGGAGUGGAUGUAGUGGUGAGGACGUGUUCAGUAGCAGUGUUUGUAGAAGUAUGACUGGUAAGAAGCAGUAGAGGGGACACAAUGGGCGCAGCGGGGAGUGAGCCCUGCAUCUACGACAAGCUGUCGGAGAGCAUCCACAUCCUCCGGCAGUCCGGCUACCGCUACGGGAUGUCCGAGGGGGAGAUCGAGAAGUUCAUCAAGCAGGUCCUGGAGACCAAUGAGCCCAGGAGAGACCCUCACCAAUUCCCGGUCCUGCGAGCCACCCUGAAGUUCAUUGUGGCGGUGGGGUUUCUUCUGCUGGUGGUGCUGGCCUUCACCUACCCUCAGAGCGACCCUCAGCUGGGGCUUGCCUCCCUGGGCUGCAGCAACUGGUCAUCACCGCUCAGCCACGUCCGCUUGUUGUCUCUGCCCAUUGCCAAGAAGUACAACCUCCAAGGUUUCCAUGAGUGGUGGAGUGCUGGGACACUGCGACAGAACCUCGUCAACUGCUCGGCCUGCUCGGAGAUCUCCUCUGUGCUGGAGGUCCCAGAGACCCUAAAGGAGACGGUUGCGUUACGCAGGGGCCCGCAGCUGGUCCUACUCAAGGGCGGGCCGUCCCUGAGCCUGCAGCGGGAGCAGCUGGAGGAGCUCUACUCGGCCCACUCUGAGUCCAUGUCUGUCCUGCUGGAGGAGGACGGCGCCCACACCACCGAGGACGGCUUCCCCCAGGGCCCGGCCAACUUCACCCUGCUCUGGCGGUUCAGCUAUGCCACCAGGGAGAAGGUUCUGCGCUGGUUGUUCCCCAAGGCAGAGCUCUGCCCCCUGCUGGACAGUGCGGGCACUACUCUGCAACGCUGCCUGGUCAGCCACAGCCCCAACUCUCAGAGCAGGGGGGUCGGGGUGCUGGGGUGGCUGGUGGUGGGAGAGGGGCUGCCGUCUCUACGCGUGCUCCCAGUGCAUCGCUGUAGGAAACACUGCGGCUCAUUCCACGUCUGGCUCCAGCCUGGGAACAUCGUGUAUGCUGAUCCACGCUACUGGCAGAUGGAGCUCUUUCCAGGGAGCGGACAGAACAUAGUCUGUGAUGGUUCUGCUUUCUAAGGUGUGCGUCCAGGGGGCGUCUCCCAGGCUUUCAUACUGAAGCUCUCUCACCGACCCUACUAUUCAAUCUGUGAUGUUUUCUUCAGACCUUUGUUCAUCAUAAGCACUUCACUGUUCCAAAAAGUACGUUCAAAAUAUAUUUUGAACAUGUGAUUGUAUAUAAUUGUAAAUAAUAAUUUUAAUUCAGGACAUUACCCGAGCACAGAAAUUAGAUAUGUGCUUUGAUGUUUAAAUAAAGCUUUGAAUGGUUUGUGUGGGGAGCAUACAGUGAGAUGCGGUCAUUUAACCCAAACACAGAGCAGGUCCUAGUAAGCAUAGGUGUGCCUUGAAGAGGGAACAACUGUCCGUGGUUAAUGACACACGCCAUAUAGCCCAGGAUGAGGUCUCAACCUGUGAGGUUAGGGUUACUUUUAGGCGCUUUCAACUGUAAAAUACACACAGAUAGUUAAUUAUUUCUGAAGCGUGCUAGAUUUGUUCCCAUACCAAACUAACCUUUUCUCCUGAUCAGAUGUAACAAACACAGGUCUGCGGUACAGGAAACCCCCCGAUUUAAGGCUUAUUUUAUUUUGGCGGUCACGACAGGGAAGAACAUGGAUAUCCACGGCAAUAUGAGCUGCUGGCGCCCUGCUGCAGUUGAACACUGGCCAGUGGCACAUGGGACAUUAUUAAUUGGUAUCAGAGACAAGAACGGGAUUCUUACGCUGUCACCUCCACACUAACAAACAUGUGUUUACUACAAAGGAUCCUCUCUAAGGCAAGCGAACAAUGAGAAUGGUUUUAUCAUGGGUCCCCUUUUUGCUUUUGUACAUGGUUGUGCCACCCUAGUGCUCUGUCCUUCCUGUUCCUCAGCACACACUUGGCCGUCUGCAGACGCCUCGGGACAGCCCACCUAGCUUGGGGGGAGGGGGGGGUUUGGGUUCCUUCCAGCUCUGAUAUUGAGAUGAAAACUGCCUUCAAAACAAUAAAUGGCCUUUACAACCUGAUCCGCACAUUGUAACACAUUACAACACAUGUCGACAUACCAGGAUCUGAUCCUAGCACUACUGGCCAUCAAACUGGGUGUAUGGGUGUGAGUGUGUGUAUAUGAAGGUAGUUGGUUCCUUAUAUGUGUUUCUUGAAAAAAAUAUUGCUUUGGUGUGUAAGAUGAGUAAAUUGUCAAUGAGGUUAAUUAAAAUUUUGAGUAGCCAAUCUGUCAGCAUUAAUGUCAAUAUAAUCAAAAUAAAUAAGAAAAUUAUAACUAAA